CUCGAUUAUCCGGCAGGAGCUAGAAACGCAUCACGAAACACGAACCCUAAGCAUACAAGUCCAGUGACGCUCUCGCAAACAACGCGCCCGCUCCGACGCAGGGAAGCCAAACGACACAUCACAUUGCAAUUAAAACCGUCUACAGCUCCUGUAGACUGCCUCUGCUUCUAUCAACCUAUCAAACGUCGUAUUUCAAACCUAGCAGCGUCCAUCCGUGUCUCUCCAAGUUCUGUGCUUGCGUAUCCGUGGCUGUGUGUGUGUGUGUGUGCGCGCGUGGUUGUUCGGCAUCAAUCUAGUUUAGUGGCGCGUUGAUUGUGUUCAUCCCUUUAAACCCUUCGCUGUGUGAGUGUGCGAACAUAGUUUCAACAUGAGUAUGCCCGAUGUUGUCGACAUUAGAAAUGAAAUAAACAAAGAGCAUGUGCGGGAGAGCUUGGACCGGAACGGCGACGAGCAACAGCUGGUGCAGGACGUAAACGAUGCGCUCGGUACGCGCAAGGGCCACGAUCCCACAAACCAUCUCGUGCGGGCGCGGAUGCCCGUCGAGCGGUACGCGUGCGACUACAACAUGAACCACAAGCGGCGCGGGCUGGCGCUCAUUUUCAACCACGAAAACUUCGACGUGCCGCAGCUCCGGUCGCGCGCCGGAACGAACGUGGACUGCGAGAACCUGACCGCCUCGCUCAAGGGCCUCGACUUCGAGGUGCACGUGUUCAAGGAUCUGAAGCUCCGCGACCUACAGAAGGAGGUCGAACGAGUUUCACAGAUGGACCAUAGCGACGCGGACUGCCUGCUGGUGACGAUCCUGUCGCACGGCGAGCUCGGCUACCUGUACGCCAAGGACUGCCAGUACAAGCUCGACACGAUCUGGACAUACUUCACGGCCAACCACUGCCCGUCGCUCGCCGGCAAGCCGAAGCUGUUCUUCAUACAGGCCUGCCAGGGCGACCAGCUGGACGGUGGCGUGGUGCUCGAGGCGAAGGAUCGCACCGAAACGGACAGCUCCUCCUCGAUGCUGACGUUCAAGAUACCGAUGUACGCUGACUUCAUGAUCGCCUACUCGACCAUACCCGGCUUCUACUCCUGGCGCAACACGCAGAAGGGCUCCUGGUUCAUCCAGUCGCUCUGCCACGAGCUGAACCAGAACGGCCGCAAGUACGACCUGAUGGUGCUGCUCACGUUCGUCACCCAGCGCGUCGCGUACGAUUUCGAGUCGAACACGCCGGACAUACCGAUGAUGCACCAGCAGAAGCAGAUCCCGUGCACCACAUCGAUGCUGACCCGUUUGGUGUACUUCAACCAGAAGAAAUAGUGCUAGAGGGAAAGCGGGGAGCAACAAUGAGCAAGUGUUUUCUUUUUUUUUUCAAAUUCAUUGCUAUGGUUCAUUUUUAUUGAUGUCAGUCACUACUGAA